GAAAUGAGUUGACAAUAAAUUAUUUUAGAAAAUAAUUUGACUGUUUUCAUAAGAAAUGGAUGUACUGGAUAAAAACCAGGAGGUGCCAAACAAAACACCUUUCUCCCUGGUCAAAUACAACAAUCCUUUUAGAUCUUCUUUAAGUUCAGAUCAUGGCUCGAAUCUAACUGCUGAUGACCUCAUUAUUAAUGAGAUUUUUCCAGCCAAGAUUUGGAAAGAAGACGGCGGAAUUAUUUGGGAACAACACGUUUGCUUACAAGAGGCUGACAGAAUUGAUGUUAUCAGAACCGGAGCCCAGCUGGAUCGUAAACUUAGUGAGCAGUCUGCUAGAGAGGAGGGUAUAUGUCAGGUGCGGAGGGAAUUGUAUGCUCAAUGUUUUGAGGAGAUUAUCCGGCAAACCUGCAUUAACUGCAUAGAGCGAGGUCUCCUUCUGUUAAGAGUGCGGGACGAAAUGAGAAUGACGAUUCAUGCAGCUGAGACACUUUACACUUCAAGUAUAGCGUUUGGGAUUAGACAGGCGGUUCGAGCUGAGGAAGGGAAGGCGGACAGAGAAGCCAGAGUAAAGCAGCUCGAGGAAGAAGUACAGCAGCUAAGAAAAGAAGUAGAGGAACUAAGUAUAGAGAAAACACUACUGGCUCUCCAAGAAACAGAAAGACAAGACCUGGUAAAACUGAAACACGAAGAAGAGGUGACAUUUAUGCGUCGAACCAAGCAACAGUUACAAGCACAACUGGACGGAAUAAAAAACAUGAAAGAUACAAGUUAAAUGUUAAAACUAAAACAUUGUUUCAAAAAUCACAUAUUUGAGUCGGAAGCUUCUUUGCUUCAUGUUAAAUGUUGAUGAUAACAGUCUUUCGUUGAGUUAAUAUAAUAAUAGGAGUU